UGCCAAAUCUUGGGGGGUAAAAAGAUUUCCUAUUUCUCGUUCCCUCCCCCUUCCGGUCGCAGAGCGUUCCCUGCCGGAUAAAAUCAGAGAAGCAAACCAUAAGAAGAGCCAAAAUGGCGCGUGCUCUUUUUUCUCACUGUCUCUUAGUCUCGAACUCAUCUCCACGCCUCGCCUCUUCACUCAGGUCGCUCGGUGGCAAAAACUGGAAAAUGUCGCCGUCAAUUCGUCGGCAUCGCUCACUAAUCGGACACAGCGGCUGCGGUUUUCGUUGUCACUGCAGUGUCUCGCUCUCGCAAACUGCUGCUCCGGAGACGUCCUCAAGCUCUGUAAGGAAGAGGAUAGUGUCUGGAGUCCAGCCAACAGGAUCCAUACACCUUGGGAAUUAUCUUGGUGCCAUUAAAAAUUGGAUAGCACUUCAGAAUACUUAUGAGACUCUCUUUUUCAUCGUGGAUCUCCAUGCGAUUACCUUACCAUAUGAUACACAACAAUUAUCUAAGGCAACAAGGGAUACAGCAGCUAUCUAUUUGGCAUGUGGAGUUGACACCUCCAAGAUGCAGGCUUCUGUUUUCGUGCAAUCUCAUGUUCGUGCCCAUGUAGAAUUGAUGUGGCUACUAAGUUCUGCCACACCAAUUGGUUGGCUGAACAGAAUGAUUCAGUUUAAGGAGAAAUCUCGGAAAGCGUAUUCAAGGAAGGAUGAGCAGCCCCAGCCAGGAGAUGAAAAUGUUGGGGUUGCUCUCUUGACUUAUCCAGUUUUGAUGGCUUCUGAUAUUCUUUUAUAUCAGUCUGACUUUGUCCCUGUUGGUGAGGAUCAGAAGCAGCAUUUGGAGUUGACUCGUGAACUGGCUGAACGUGUUAAUUAUUUAUAUGGAGGAAGGAAGUGGAAAAAGUUGGGAGGGCGAGGUGGUGCUAUUUUCAAGGUUCCUGAACCCCUAAUACCACCAGCUGGAGCCCGAGUUAUGUCCCUCACUGAUGGUGUUUCUAAGAUGUCAAAGUCUGCACCUUCAGAUCAGUCUCGUAUCAAUCUUCUUGACCCCAAAGAUGUAAUAGUGAACAAGAUUAAACGUUGCAAAACUGACUCUUUUCCAGGCCUGGAAUUUGACAAUCCUGAAAGACCUGAAUGCAACAAUCUACUUUCAAUAUAUCAGCUCAUGUCAGGGAAGACAAAAGAGGAGGUUGCAGAGGAAUGCCAUAAUAUGAACUGGGGCACAUUUAAAUCUGUUUUAACAGAUGCAUUGAUCGAACAUCUGCAUCCUAUACAGGUUCGCUACACAGAAAUCAUAUCUGAUUCAACUUAUUUGGAUAAAGUCCUAGCAGAAGGUGCUUCAAAAGCUGGAGAUAUAGCAGAUGCUACUCUCAAUAACGUCUACCAGGCAAUGGGAUUCUUGCGGAGAUGAUUGGAAUUGAUAUUGUAGCAGCUAUUUUUGGAGAAAAUAUCUAUACUACAAUAACCUCAAAGUUAGCCUUUGGAUACUCCAUCAUCACCCACAAAUUUUUUUGAGUACUACCAUUAUCAUAUUCUUGCUGAGUUGAAAAAAGAACAUAUUUGGAGGCUGACAAAUUCUUUUUUGCAGUUGCCUCAACCUCUCCCUUCCUGGCAGGUGCAUUUGUAUUCCUUAUUAUUCACUGUACAUCAUAGUUAUAAUCUUCUUUUCCUCACACCAUUUGUUAUUUAAUUGAUCAAGUAUUUAAUGAAGCUGGUUUCUCUUGUGUUCUUUGGUGGA